UUUAUCAUCCACGUGACACUUCUAUUCUCAAAUACAAUGUUGUCGUCUUUCACCAGGAAGGUCUUUUUCAGAAAACAAGUGCAGCGGUGUUUGGAUUUUUCAACAACCGCAUGCGUCGGGAAAGUGUACAAUGAACCUUUGUCAGGCCAUGAAAUGCCGCGGGCCGGUGGCAUCGCUUCCAUGAUGAGACUACCAGUUCAAACCGAUACUGAAGGUCUUGAUGCAUGUUUUGUGGGUGUACCAUUAGAUAUUGGUACGUCAAACAGGUCAGGUACGCGGUAUGGUCCGCGACAGAUUCGCUGUGAGUCUUCUCUAAUAAGAAAGGUCAAUAUUGCCACAGGUGCUUGUCCAUUUGACUCGAUGCAAGUAGCUGAUGUUGGUGAUGUUAACUUGAAUCUUUACAAUCUGCCGAAAGCUUGUGAGGAUAUUCGCAAACAUUUUUGUAAUCUAAUUAGGAAUGGGUGUAUUACAUUGGCAAUGGGUGGAGAUCAUACGUUAACAUAUCCUAUUCUUCAAGCCAUUAAGGAGAAGUACGGGCCUGUUGGACUGGUUCAUGUUGACGCUCACUCGGAUACGAACGAUGAGAUGUUGGGAGAAAAGAUAGCUCAUGGCACGCCAUUUAGGAGAGCUUUUGAAGAGGGAUGUCUUGUGGGUAAUAAAGUUAUACAAAUUGGUCUGAGAGGUAGCAAUUAUCACCUCACUGAUUAUGACUGGGGUAAACAACAGGGUUUUAAGAUAGUACAAAGUCACGAAUGUUGGCACAAAUCACUGACAGGUCUGAUGGAGGAAGUUAGAGAUAUGAUGGGGAAUCAUCCUGUGUAUAUUUCCUUUGAUAUUGAUGCUCUAGAUCCUUCCUUUGCUCCUGGAACAGGCACUCCAGAGAUUGGCGGUCUUACAUCAAUUCAAGGACUGGAAAUAAUUAGAGGAUGUAAGGGACUCAACAUCAUAGGAGGUGACCUUGUAGAGGUAUCACCACCUUAUGAUUUCCAGGGUACAACAGCACUUACUGGAGCUAAUCUUCUAUUUGAAAUGUUGUGUAUUUUACCAAAAGUUAAGUACGAUCUGAAGUAAU